CUCUCUUCCCUCAACUAGUUACAAUGCUUGACGUUGAAGACUUUGAUGCUGUCUUUCAGGGCCUCACCUACACAGACGGCCUGGUACAGCAAAUCCAAGAAUACCAGCAUGCGCUCGGCGGCCAGACUUUCUUCGAGCGGCUGCUAGGUCUUCUGAAGAUCAAGGGGCGCAAAGCUUAUCCCCCCAAGACACCACAGCAGCUUCACGACCUCCACCAGCGCAUCGUCUCCGCCGAAACCACAUUGCACAACAAGCAUUGCUUGAUCUUCUACCUGCUCAAGGACUUAUCGCCGCAGCAUCACGAGGACGACGAGCUUGCCGCCGCAUUUGCCCGCGAUGUACAUCUCGAGAAGCGCUUCUGGACCUUCAUUGAAGGGCUGUGGGCUCUCGAUCGCCUUGAGCUCGCAACCGCCGUUGGCAGCCUUACGCACCCCAGCAUCAUACCAACAUUUCCAGACGAAAUUAUGCUCACACUUCUGGAGGGCAGGGAGAGACUGAAUACGGUGAACGUGCAGAAGGGCGAGCAGGACGAGGUGCUGCCGUUGGCCUACUAUAACUGUGUCAAGCCACCGCUAGAGGACCAGAAGGUCAGGAGCGAGUUCGCCAAGUACCUCUCACACCGCAAUAUCACAGAGACGUACUACUGGGUUCACACUCGCCCCGAGUAUGAGCAGAAGCCCCUCCUCGAGAUCUUGAUUGAACAGACAUUGGAGAAGAGUGUAUGGAACAACGGGGUGGGCGAGGAGGUGUACUCGAGAGAGGAAAAAGCAAUGGAGCUCGUGAGCUUGCCCUUCAGCGACGAAGAAGAAAACUUCAUCGAGGAGUUCUUGACCAAGGGCAAGGGCAGGACAUACCGUAAUGCGGAGGACACAGUCAUGAUGCGCCGGAUCGUUAUAGGCAGGCUCUCUGAUGUGGCCAAGGACCAGGACACACGCGGUCGUAGGGCAGAUGGCGUGGACUGGGACUCGCUGAAGGAUGGCAUUGAUAGAGGACUUGGGCCGAGGCGCGAUAAAGGCGAAUUCGCGUUCUGAAGCUCUGCUCUGCGUACCAGCGAAAGAGAUUGUUUUGCAUGGCGAAGGCGUUUGGCACAUUUCGAUUCCACGGAGUAACCAAUAAGAGCAUUUUUUAC